UGUCAGCAGCAGCCCCAUAAAACCAACCUAGGUGCCCUUCACUUCAACAGCCUCUACAGAGCAAAUCCUGGACUUCUCCUUGCUGCUCAUGAAUGAUAACUCUGGGACCACUCCAGUUUCUAAUGUCAUCUACCUGGGUGACGUCCUUCACAUCGAGGCUUCUGUUGCCGUCGACAACCACGUGCCGCUGCGGCUGUACGUCGACAGUUGCAUCGCGACCCUGAGCGACAACAAGGACUCUGAGCCCAGAUACGCCGUCGUAGACAAGCUUGGCUGCCUGAUGGAUAGCAAGUCUCCAGACUCCUCCUCUUCAUUCACUAGACCUGCUCUGAACAAGCUGCGCUUUGACAUUGCUGCUUUCAAGUUCCAGGGCGAUUCCAGGAGCAUGAUCUACGUGACUUGCACACUGAGGGCAGUCAAUGCUGACAAACCAGCUGAUGCCUCCAAUAAGGCCUGCUCCUACCAGAAGCAAACUUACAGGUGGGUCUCUGAGGACGGCUCCUCUGCAGUGUGUGUGGGUGUUGUGACUCCGGCUCCUGCUCUAGGACACCCCGGUUCCUCGCAGGCCCUCUUCCUCCCAGGCAGGGAAGGAGCUACAGGAUUCCUGCAGAGAUCAACCAGCCCAACUGGAGCGGAAAAUGGUUGCAGGAGAGAGCGGCUCCUCUUGAUCCAGCUGGACAGGACCCUCGAGUGCAUGUAAAGGAGAUCACCAUUGGCCCCCUGACCGUGGUUCAUGUAGUCCGAGACCAUGCUGUCGUGCUCAGUAAGGAGUCACUGUACCACCCCAUGCAGCUUGUGGAAGAAGUGCAGGGUAAGUGCAGCCCUCCAUGCUACUGAGCUCUGAACCAGCUUGCUGUCAAUGGUGGGAUUAGCCUGCUUUUAUGUAUUUAUCUAAAGAGUGUAACAGU